UGUGCGAGCUGUGGGUGCGUGAAAGGGACUAUGGAGAAUGUGUGUGUGUGGGGGGGUGUGUGUGCAUGUAUGUGCGUGUGCAGGAGGGCUGCACAGGCGUGUGCAGGACUGUGUGCGUGUGCAGGACUGUGUGCGUGUGCAGGACUGUGUGCGUGUGCAGGCGGGCCAUGCACGGUGUGUGUGCUUGUGCGGCGGGGCAGCCGCCGCGCUGUCACUCAGGGGCGGCUGACAGGAGCUGCCUCUCCAACGGCGGCAGAUAGCGCUGAUUGCUGAUUCGAGGAAGCAAAAUAGCAAUUGUAAUUAUGGGCUCUGAUAAGAUAAAGGAGGGCGCGGGGAGCGCGGGGACCGGCAGCGGGGCACGGCCGGCAAAUUAGCAGCUGUCACUCAGCGCCGAGCAGGCGGCGCCGGCCCCGGCCCCGGCCAGGUACCGGCCCCGGGGGCCGCCCGCCGCAGCCCCGCCGCAGCCCCCGCCCCGGUGCUCAACAGGUGGCGGGGCCGGGAGGGCAGGGGCUCGCCGGAACAAUGCAGCCCUCGGCGGCCCUGCCCGGGCUGCGGGGCUGAGCCCCGUCCCGCCGCCGCCUGGCCCCAUGGCCCCGCACCGCCGGCCCUGAGGGCGCCCGCCCGCCCCACAAGGACGUGCCGGCAGGGCGAGAGGAAACGAGGAGCUGAGGCAGCGCCGCGCCCCCGCGGGCUCUCCCCGCCGCCGCCGGGCCCCGGGCCCCCGGCUCCGCAUCGGCGCCGCGAUGGACCCCUGCUCCUCGCUCUUCAGCUACGUGUUAAUGCACUUGUUCGUCCUCUGCCUGCAAGCCCAGGUAACUGUUCAGUCCCCACCUAAUUUUACACAGCAUGUGAGGGAGCAGAGCCUGGUGACGGAUCAGCUCAGCCGGCGGCUCGUCCGUACCUACCAGCUGUACAGCCGGACCAGUGGGAAACAUGUGCAGAUCUUGGACAACAAGAAAAUCAAUGCGAUGGCAGAGGAUGGGGAUGUGCACGCCAAGCUCAUCGUGGAGACAGACACCUUUGGGAGCCGUGUGCGCAUCAAAGGGGCAGCCACAGGUUUCUACAUCUGCAUGAACAAGAAGGGGAAGCUGAUUGGCAAGAGCAAUGGCAAAGGCAAGGACUGCGUCUUCACGGAGAUUGUCCUGGAGAACAACUACACAGCGCUGCAGAAUGCCAAGUAUGAGGGCUGGUACAUGGCCUUCACCCGCAAGGGCCGCCCACGCAAGGGCUCCAAGACCCGGCAGCACCAGCGGGAGGUGCAUUUCAUGAAGAGGCUUCCCAAGGGCCACCAGACUACGGAGCCCCACAGACGCUUUGAGUUCCUCAACUAUCCCUUCAACCGGAGAAGUAAAAGGACUAGAAACUCCAGCUCCAAGGCAGGCCCUUGAUGCGCCUGCCCCUGCCCCCCUGCCUGCAUCUCUCCUGGAGGAUGCUCCUCUGAGCUCGGUGGACUAUAUGUAGAGACUUUCCCAUUUGGGUAUUAAACAAAACAAAAAAAAAAAAAGGGAGGGGGAGGAUAAAAAAAAAUUACCUGCUCUAGUUGUUGAUACUUUUGGGGGGGUGUUUGGUUUUUACAAAAAAAAAAAAAAAAAAAAAAAAAGAAAAAAUGAGAGAGGCUCUAUUUUUGUACUCCAGCUUUAAAAGUAAUGAAACAUUCAAAGACUGGUGAAGGGGGAAGAGCCCUUCACUUAGAAAUGUUCUAGUCUGUUUGGGGUCGUGCUUUAUUUUGUAAUUAUUUUUUUUUGAUAGCUCUAGGGGAAAAGGAGUUUAAAAAUCAUGUUUAAAGCAAACAAGCGAAAAACCAUGGAAAUCCAAAUCUGGAAGUGAUGUGCUACUUAAAUGAACUGAACUAAUGCUUACUGGAGAAGAUGGAGAGGCUGGAAAACAACUAAGGGGAGGGGAUUUAUUUUGGAGGUGGCUGGAGGCCUCCUGGGUGUUUUUUGCAGCCUGGGUGUUGUGUGGGCACUGCCUGUGGGAGCUGACUGUGACACCUGGAGCGAGGACCCUGGAUGCUUUCUUUCCUCGGAUGUGCCUAUUUCUCCAGCUGAGCAAGGGGUUGCUGGAAGCCACUUGCAUCCUUCUGAGAACACUGCUGGCUUCACAACUCCUCACUUACUUUUUUUUUCUCAGGAGAGGACAGGGGUGAUGGAUGCCCCAGAGAAAGUCCUGAACUGACUUGGUACCUCUUACCCACAGGAGCGUCUUUGGCAUUUGGUUUGUUUUAAAGUACUAAGGUAUGACUUGCCAUAGAGCAGGCUGGUAACUGGUAUUUUUUCCCAUGUGGAAAAUGUGAACUUCUCACCAAAAAUUGACAUUUUUUUUCUGUCUAUAUUUUUUUAUCAGAUAGAAAUUUUCAUCCAUAAAAUUAAAAAAAAGUUUACAAAUUAUUGUGGAGCCAUUUUGGGCUGUUUUGUCAUAACAUUAAAUAUUUUUGUCGUAAUGGUUGGUGCUUCAGUUGCCAGCUGUCUCUUCCAGGUUUGCUCUUUGAUAAGAAAUACUGACGUUCUUGUCCCUCUACGAAAGGGGAGGGUUUCUUUCAAAAUUUCUGUGUUGACAGAAGCCCAAUUGUCUAUUUAGAAAAAAAAGAAAACCAACCCCAAAGGGAACAUUAAAUCUCUUGAGUGAACAUCCCCAGCCAGCCCCACUCUGCACAUGCUGCCCUGGGACUGUGACUCUCUCCAAAGGGUUAAAGCAACUAUUCUUCACAGGGAGGGAAAACAAAGACACUGGAUAGGAGCCAGAACCAGGGGUGACUUUUCAUCCAAUCUUUUUUGAUUGUUUGGGUUUUUUCUGUUUCCUUUAGGAUUUUUGUUCUGUUUCGGUUGUGUACAAAUUGAAUAUGAAAUGAUUGAAAUAUUUAUUUAAUAUGUGCAUUAAAAGUUUGUAUUAGUCUAA